CUCCCUGGCUCGCUAAAUGUGGAGAGAUUCGCUGAGGCUCGAGCUUUCGAAAUCGAUGCGAUGCACACAGCUAUGCAGACAGCCAGGCAUCGCGCCUGGCAACAACUCCCUCGUCACCUCCGCCGUCGAGCCGCCAGCCACGAUGUUCGCCGUGUUCCUCUACGACUACGAGAUAAAGCAAAGGCUGAGAUGGACCCGCCGAAGGCAAAAAAGAAGUCCUUCCCGAAACAAGGCAAAGCAAAACGCACGUCACAGGCCAAAGUGUGGCUCGAGACACACGUCUGGCACGCGAAACGGAUGCACAUGGAGGAGAUGUGGGGCUACAGACUGGCUGUAUCUCCUACCGAGAAGUCAUACCGACCCUCUCACCGCGCCUCUAUGCACGGCUCUAUCCUUCACGACGUGUCAUACAUGGGGCUGAUAGAGCUCAAAGGCCCCGAAAAAGUCCUCAAAGCCCUCCUCGAUAGCUGCUGUGACCCUCAGACAGCCAGUCCUGGUGCAAAGAGGUUCACCACUGGUGCCAGAACGUGUGACACGCAUCUGUAUAAGCGCGGAGCGUAUCCUUUCAGCCUUGUAGCUCCGAUAACGGCACUGUGGAGACCCCAUUCUCAGCAGUCUCUGGAUACGGUAUCGGCGCAAUCAAAACGGCAAGGGUUGAAAGGGAAGGGGAAGGAGUGCGACCAAGUUGCGCAGGACACCGAGCGCGUAGUAUGGAUUUGGGCACACCCUUCCGUCUUUGAAGUGGUAUACUUGGAGCUACGAACAGCAGCGUCCUUCGCCUUGGAGGCCGUAAAGAGGGGCACCAUUCUGAUUGAUGAAGAAGCAACGGUGGAGAUGGCCGAUCUGCGCUCGCAGGUGAACGUCUUCGAGAUUAUGGGCCCGAAGUCCAGCCAGGUCAUCAAGGGUGCGUUGAAACCCGUAAAUGGAGAUAGCCGCGAGGAGUUCAAGAAGUGCUGGAACGAACUCGCGAACCUCCAGAGUACCGGGUCUGUGCCGCGCAAUACCGUCAUAGGAUUCAAGGUCUAUGAUCCUCGGCUGAGCUUUCCUCCGAAGAAUGCGAAGGUGAACAUCGCCAAAGAAGCGCUCCCAAGUAUGUCGCCAGCAGCUACCGCCUUCUUUCCAACUCCCACCCUCGCCCAAAGCGAGAUCUGGGCGGAGGACAUCCGUCGUCCACUUCGCAAGCCGAAGUUCAAGAAAAAGGACAUAGACAAGCGACGCUCUAAGAACCUGGUCCCGGGCAAACAUCUUCAAGCUCUGGCGGAAGACGCCCGCAUUCCGGUUCUGCUUAUUCAGCGUUCAGUCGAGGCAAGCUCCUCUGUAGCCUCUAGCUCUAACACCCACACGCCCGCGGUACACGGAUGGACGCUUGUCAUACCGCAGGGCUGGGCCAUGCCCUUCUUCUCGUCUCUCAUUUUCACCGGCACGCGUGUUGGUGGGCAGCACGAACGUCAGACACAGGCCUUCGAAUCAGGGACGGCACAUUUCCCGCACGACUACCCAUGCACGGAAUCGUACGAGGAAUACAGCGACGCGCGCGCGUUCGAGGAGCAGGACGCCUGGGGGCGCAAGCCUCCCGCCAAGAGGCCGAACUAUAAACGCCUUGGCACGCGGAGCCCGUGGAAACCUGACUGGGGCGUCGUUCUGGGUGUGCAGGAUACGGAUGAAGAUGCGUCUACGCUUCCGGGCGAAUUCGUACCCUCCCAACGCGAGGCUGUGGAUGUGGAUGAUGCUUCGGAGCCCCCGGCGUCGCACGAGGAACCUGCGCCACCGACGGGCCAGGUGGCGCGGACCGUAGGAAACGGGACGGACCUCGGCGUGGCACCAUGGCUUCUGCGGGGAUCCGAGAUCUGCACAGUCCUUGAUGCUGCGGCGAGCGGGCUUGAUCCGUCGUUAGGCCUCUUCGGACAGAUCGCGCGACUCCGCGAGAAGCGUGGGCUCGAGUCACUCGCGGCACGGCCCGAGGACGUGUGGAAGCACGCCCUCGUGCGCGUGCGCCUCCGGAUGUGCGGACGGGGCUGCCCCGAUGACCUGGCUGUGCUCUACGACAUGGAUGAUGCGGAAGCUGCGAAAUGGAUCAAAGCUGAACAGGCGCAUAGAAAGAGGGUGGGUGCUGAGGCAGACCCAUUCGAAGAGGAAGAAGAGAGCGAGCUGUCAAUCGUCAUCCCGCCGGCCGAGUCUAUCAUUGGUUAUGUCACAACAGGCAACUAUUCGCUCUCACUGGGCGAAGGUUCUGCCAUCGGCGCCAUCCCCGUCGCUCGGUUCUUCGAGCUGCGAGAUCAAGCUAAGCGGACUGGCGCCGGAACACAUCCUUUGAUCAAAGUGCGCGACCGCCACUCAGCGAUAUGUCGUGCCGCCUGGAUAGAGAUCUUAGAGUAGAGAACUCAGUUCAAGUGCUACAAGCUGUCUGCUACUGGCGCAUCAAGAUAGCUGGCGGGAGAUGAUCUCGUAUAUGUGGCAAGGCCUCUUUGUACUUACCAUCUGGUUCAUCCCUGUUCUCGGUGGACUAGACGAGCUCAUUAGAAAGCCAUUCUUGGAAUUGAGUUAUGGACCAACCAUGCUAUUUCCAUUCAUAAUAUCCAGCGUAACAACGCGCAUGUAGUCUGAGAGAACUUGAUUCACUUAUUGAAUUAGCCC